AUCACGCGCUCGCGCAGGCCUAAUCCAAGUUGGCUUCUUCCUGAUGCCUGCGCCGCCGCCGCUCGCUUAAAUCCUAAUGGUGGCGAUCGGCGCGCGAGGCCUGCGGAUUUUGGCGACUUUCUGUUUCUGGGAGCAUAAAUAGGGAUCGACGUGCUCCCCGCGUUGCGGGCGGUGGUGAUGUGGAUCGGAGCAAUGGUGGCGCCGACGACGCCGAUGGUGCCUUCGGAGCAGGCGCUGGCGGCGGAGACGGCGGCGAUCGUGUCCGCGCUCACGCACGUCGUCGCCAGCGGGCGCGGGCCGCCGCGCCCGGCGCCGGCGAUCGUCGUGCCGUGGCAGCAGCACGCGGGCGGCGCCGGCCAGGGGCAGGAGCAGCUCGCCGGCGCGGCGGCGGGGCAGGGGGCGGCGGCUCCGGCGCCGUUGAGGAAGUACCGCGGCGUGAGGCGGCGGCCGUGGGGGAAGUGGGCGGCGGAGAUCCGGGACCCGCAGAAGGCGGCGCGGGUGUGGCUCGGCACCUUCGCCACCGCCGAGGACGCCGCGCGCGCCUACGACGCCGCCGCGCUCCGCUUCCGCGGCAACCGCGCCAGGCUCAACUUCCCCGAGGACGCCGCCGCGCGCCGCGCCAGGGACGCCGAAGCGGCCUCCGCCGCGGCCAGCGCGGGGCCGCCCGCCGCGCUGCUGGAGUCGCAGGCCUCCCGCGCCGCUGCCGGCGACGACAUGGCCGACUACCUCGAGUACUCCAGGAUCCUGGAAGGGGGCGAGCCCAGCGGCGGCAUCAUGGACGGGCUGUUGGGCGGCGACGGCAACGGGCGCUUCCUGGGGUCGUGGAGCAUUGGGACGUCGCCGCCGUCAUCGGGCUCCGGCGCCGCCACCUCCGCUCCUCUGUUUCGUCACAGUGAUGGCGGGAAGCAGAGCAGCAAUAAUAGUGCCACCUAUGGAGAUUAAUAAUUUGGGAGUUUUUAUUUCUAGUAUAUAUAAACAAAAAAGUAGCAGAAUUUUAUUAGUCUAUAGGCGACUGCAACCAUUUUGCUAGAUGCACUAAUCGGUAGUUCAUUCAGGAUGGCAGACCGUGGCCUUAGAAAAAUUCGUUAUCGGAAGAGAAUAAUUCUUUCAUGUAAUUUAAAUUUCUUAUUCGGAAUAAAUGUGUUUGUGAGUAUAUUUCUGCUCAAAAGUAAUUCUCUUCAUUCCCUUGAAGAAAAAACACAC